GGACCCACAAGACGGGUCCAAUAACCGCGCGGGUAGAUUUGGAGAAAUCGACUCACGGCAAGCGGUCUCCUUUCUUAAAUAGGCCCAGCCAAGAGAGUUGGAUCCGUACGUGGUGGAGGAGGUGAUUGAUCUUGAUCGAUGGGGGCGAACGGGAGUAAGGAAGGGCGGCGGCGGCGGCUGGUGUUCACCUACGGUACGCUCAAGCGCGGCUUCGCCAACCACGGCCUCAUGCAGGACCUGAUCCGCACCGGGGACGCCGCAUUCGUGGGCACUGCCCACACCGCCGGCCGCCUCCCCCUCGUGUGCGGACCCUACCGCGUCCCUUUCCUCCUCGACCUCCCCGGCGCCGGCGAGCACGUCUUCGGCGAGCUCUACGCCGUCUCCCCCCGGGCCCUCGCCCGCAUGGACGACCUAGAGGGCACCCGCAAGGGCCACUACGAGCGUCUCCCCAUCUCCGUCGUCGUCGACGGCGAGGGCCAGAAGGAGGCGGAGGCGGAGGCGUACUAUGCGCACCGGAGCUACGCGGGGGUGAUGUGGAGGCGGUGCGGGGAGAUGGGUUACAAGGUGUACUCGGAGAAGGAGGCUAAGGGGUAUGUGAGACGCAAGGAUCGGCCCCACGACAUCACUUUCCUUGACCAGAUCCGCAUCUUCAUCGCCUCGCCCCAGACGUAAGAUCAUCUACUCCCUUUCUCUCCUCUCUCUCUCUCUCUCUCUCUCGCUUCCCUCGGCCUCCCAUGAGAUGGAACUUGUAUUGCUCUAGUUUUAGUUCGGAGUAUCUUGUGUCAAGCGCAUCACUCUAUUGAAGGAUGUGCGAUCUUGUGAUGGGCAAUCACGAGAGAGUUCAACAUCCCUGUUUCAUUCUAUGAAGCAAUUUGGUUUGCUCUGUGACUUUGUCAUUGCUGAAUGUUACGAAUUGAGUGGAGCGGGAGCGGUCAUGCAUGCGAUCAUGGUGGAUUCUCAGCUGUGGUCUUCUCCCCUGGAUUCGUCCAUUGCCUAGCAGCAGCGGCUUC